AUGGUAGGGGCCAUGGAUAUGUCUCGAGAUGACAAGGUUCGAGAGCUUGCACAACGUCUUUAUGUAAACGUUUGCGAAGGCGAUCUGGAACGCAUCAGGACAACUGGUGCACUCACACCGAGCAACAACCUUCGCCACCGGGCAACCCGGCAAAAGCUGCAGUUCACGCGUGAUCUUGAUGGAAGGUGGUUCACUUACCAAAUGGUGAGUGAUGCUGUGCGGUACAUUCUUUCCGACUUUCAGUUGGAGAUACCAACCACUACUCCGGGUUUCAGUACAGAGAACUGGAUAGCACAGACAAGCACUUCACUGUUGCAUCUUUUGCAGAGAUCACGCAGAACUGUGGCGGGGUCAUCCGGCUCCGUGGCCAUGGACAACGCCGAGACUCAGAUUCUGGAUGAAACUGAGGACUCCCAGGUCUAUGUGAACGACUGGCCGACGAUCUCCCCCCCAGCCGUGGGUGAUGAUGACGCCAAUGGUUAUCACGAGGGUGCUGAGAGCGGGGAGAUAGAUCUUCCAAAGGAGACUGUUCUGAGGAACGUGUCGUGGCAUGCAAAACGGUUUGUGCUGGAGUCGAAUUCUGGUGAUUGGAUGGCCCAUGGCGAGUGUGAACAAUACUACGCCCAGGAUGGAUCUGAUUUUGAUUGGGAAAAGGCCCACCAGGAGUUUCUUGCCAAGAACGGCACAACCGAAGAGGAUGAUGAAGAUAUGGAGGAUGAUAAUAGUGAGGAGGAUGACGGCGCUCGUGAAGAUGAUGCCAAUGGCGAGCAGUAUGAGGAGUGGGCCGAGGAGCCCGCCGAUGAUGGUGAGGAUUGGGCCCGGGAGCUCACCGGAGAAGCAAGUCAUGAUGUUGAGGAGGAGUGGGCCGAGGAGGAGGAGUGGGCCGAGGAGCUCACCGCGGCCGCGGCCGGUGAGGGCAGCGAGUGGGCCGAGGAGCUCACCGCAGCCGGUGAGGGCAGCGAGUGGGCCGAGGAUCCCACCGCGGCCGCUGAGGGCGGUGAGGAUGAGUGGGCCGAGGAGCUCACCGCUGAUCCAAGUCAUGAUGCUGGCGGUGAGGAUUGGGGCCAGGAGCUCGCCGUGCAAGCAAGUCAUGAUGCUGGCGAUGAGGAGUGGGCCGAGGAGCUCGCCGGUGAAGCAAGUCAUGAUGCUGAUGGUGAGGAGUGGGCCGAUGAGCUCACCGUGGAAGCAAGUCAUGAUGCUGGUGAGGAGUGGGCAGAGGAGCUCAGCGGGGAAGCAAGUCGUGAUGCUGGCGGUGAGGGGGCCGAGGAAGAGAUGUGGGAUGAUGAUGAAUGGGACGAGGAGCCCGCCGAGAACAAGGCUUGCUAUGCCAAUGAUGAGGCAUGGGGCGAGGAGCCAAUGGAGGGAAAGCCUUGCCCUAGCAAAGAUGAGGAAUGGGGCGAGCCAACCGAGGAAAAGCCUUGCUUUGCCAAUGAUGAGGAAUGGGGCGAGGAGCCAAUGGAGGGAAAGCCUUGCUUUGCCAAUGAUGAGAAGUGGGGCGAGGAGCCAAGCGAGGAAAAGCCUUGCUUUGCCAAUGAUGAGAAUUGGGGCGAGGAGCCAAGUGAUGAAAAGCCGGGCGCGGACGAGACCUGGGAUGAGGCAAAGCAAGAUGCCGAGAAGAGUGGUGAGGCCGAUCCCACUUGGAUCACGUGGCCGAAAGCCCCUGGAUCCGUUGUGACGGAUGAGUACCCUGAUGAAGCCCAGCAGCAGAAGCUGGACGAGUUUUGGAAGAAAUAUGUGGUCCGAAAGGAGACUCACGACUACGUGAAGCCGACCGGCAAGAACGAGCGACCGAGCGUCAAUACUGGCCAGCUGGAACAGGCUAGCCGCCGACCUCGCGAUCUGACCCGCUCAGACAAAGGACCUGAGGAGUUCGAGAUCCCCAAUGCUUUGCAAAUGAAGGGGCUUGGUUCGCUACCAGAGAAGGUCAUCCAAGCUUCGCUAGAAGGCAAGCACAAGCCGGUGAACCCCCAUCGACAGCGACUCCUAGUGGCCGCAAACAAAGCAGUCGAGGUCGAAAAGAUCCCGCCAGCAGCUGCUCCGAAAAGCAAGCAGAAGGGAAAGGCGACAGCAAAAAAAGAGGAACCAAAGGCUACUUGCAACGACGACCACUCAGAGAGUCCAAAGCCAACGACCUCGAGCCAGCCACCCAAGAAAAGACCACCGUAUGCAGACACGCCCUACAAUGUUGCAAGAAAGAAAUUCUUUGCCAC